CGCGCUCCCAUUUGGGCUGUGCAAUACUCAAGGGAACCAACCCCGAAAGCCCCAGGGAAGCAGGGAGGCGUGUCCCCAACUCUCGUCCCCAUUGGCUUUGCUGCCUACAGGAGGUUGGGAUGAUGCAGCCGCUCUUGUUUUUCAUUGGUCUAACUGUUCCAGGGGGUGUGACUUGGCUGGGCCUAAACUCGCUCCGCGGUCCUCGACCGGUUUCAGCGCGAGGCUGCCAUGCGUUCGGGGGGCCGCGGGCGACCCCGCCUCAGGCUCGGGGAACGCGGCCUCUUGGAUCCACCCCCGGCGCCCAAGCGCCGCCUGCUACCGCGGGCGCAGCUGUUUCCCCUGCUGCUGCUGGCGCUGGCAGUGGCUUGGGCAUUCUACACCAUCUGGAGCAGCUGGCAUCGCGGGACUGAGGAGCUGCCGCGGGGCCGGGAGCUGGGGGGCCGGUUGAUCGGAAGCCUCCCCGAAGCCCAGCUGCGGAGGGUGGUGGGGCAACUUGACCCACAGCGUCUCUGGAACACUUUUCUGCGCCCUCUGCUGGUUGUGCGGACGCCGGGCAGCCCAGGCAAUCUCCAAGUCCGAAAGUUCUUGGAGGCCACACUACGGGCCCUGAAAGCAGGCUGGCACGUGGAACUGGACCCCUUCACAGCCUCAACACCCCUGGGACCACUGGACUUUGGCAAUGUUGUGGCCACGCUGGACCCGGGGGCUGCCCGUCACCUCACCCUUGCCUGCCAUUACGACUCUAAGCUCUUCCCUUCUGGUUCGGCCCCCUUUGUGGGGGCCACGGAUUCAGCUGUGCCCUGUGCCCUGCUACUGGAGCUGGUUCAGGCCCUUGACCUGGAGCUGAGCAGAGCCAAGAAGCAGGCAGCCCCAGUGACCCUGCAGCUGCUCUUCUUCGACGGUGAAGAGGCGCUGAAGGAAUGGGGACCCAAGGACUCCAUUUAUGGCUCCCGGCACCUGGCCCAGCUCAUGGAGUCUGCACCCCACAGUCCUGGCCCCACCAGGAUCCAGGCUAUUGUGCUCUUCAUGCUUCUUGAUCUCCUGGGAGCCCCCAGUCCGACCUUCUACAGUCACUUCCCUCACACGGCCCGCUGGUUCUAUCGGCUCAGGAGCAUCGAGAAGCGCCUGCACCGCUUAAACCUGCUGCAGUCUCAUCCCCAGGAAGUGAUGUACUUCCAGCCCGGGGAGCCCCUUGGCUCUGUGGAAGACGACCACAUCCCCUUCCUCCGCAGAGGGGUUCCGGUGCUCCAUCUCAUCCCCACACCGUUCCCUUCUGUCUGGCACACGCCUGACGACUCUGAGGCCAACCUGCACCCACCCACGAUACACAACCUGAGCCGCAUCCUUGCUGUGUUCCUGGCUGAAUACCUGGGGCUCUAGCCUCCCUGGCUGACUCUGAAGGAGAAGCACCCAGCGGGGGAUGUGCCAGGGGCACCUGGAGCCAGCACAGCUUAGGCUUGGCUCGCCUUGGGUGUGCUGGCUUGUCCUUUUGGAUACCUUCAGCUCUGCUUGUACCAUGAUUGGGAGACUCUCUCUCCUUUGACCUUCUCAAGUUGUCACCCUUUAGAGAAAUGGAGACCACAGUGUGGUAGAGCCAAAGGAAUGCAUUUGACUCCUUCCUUGAAGGAAACACUUGGUCCAAAGAUUUGCAGGGACCAUGCUGUUCUGUUUUAGUCAACCAUGGACUGGCAUCUGGACCAGCACCACCACCCAACCAAGUGAAUUCUGCUACUGCUGCAGACCCAACCUAACUUACACGGAUGUGCCAUGUGGGGUCCACAGAGGACGUGCUGGUAAGCAGGAAGAGAUGAAAGCCAACGCUUGCAAACUCCAGUCUGCUGGACCCAAUCAAUGGGCAAUAAACCAGUAUUUUCACAGACCAUGUUCUGCAGAAUUAGCAUAAAAUAGGUGUUGCAUGGAAAAGGAUCAAAACAGGGCGAGAAGACGUUAAAUGAGUUUCUUCGUUGCACAAUGUGAAUUUUCGAAUGUGCAGUGUUUUCCAAAAGUAUUUUCUAUGGAACCCUUUUACUAGGAAGCACCUCAUUGAACAAGGAUACCUCAGAAGGUACUUUGGGAAACACUGGAUUUUGAUAGUGUGAGUGCCAUCUAUGAAAGGAAUGAAUCAGACAGACCUGGAUGCACUGCAAACUAGUUUUACCAGACUGUUCUUUCUCUCUCAGUUGUGGGUAGAGGAGUGCAAGAUGGGUGUUAACUGCGACUCUAAUGAUGGCCUAAGAACAAUUUCCCAACCCUCAUUUUCAGACUUGACUGGGGUGCAAAAAUGCAGACUCCUAGGUUCCACCGCAGACCUCCUCGGUCAGAUCUCCAGGGACGGGAUGGGACUCUAACAAGCACCUGAGGAAGUCUCUUGGUCAGCAAGUUGGGGACAUGCUGUCCUUAUGGUUAUAGUUUGGUGCACUCACAGCUGCUCGGCAGACCUACCCCAAAGACCAUAAAGUGGAGGGCCCCUGGGCUCUGUGCCUGCAGUUUUAAUGGAGAUUCUGGUGGGCAGCAAGGAUGCCAGGCCAGGAUGGAGGAUUACUAAGUAGUGAUGGCAAGCACUGGCCUUCCCAGCCAACGUGAGGCUGGAGAGGACUCAAGAGAACCCCCAGACUAUCAGAGAGAGAGGAUAAACAGAAGGUCUUCGAUUCACAUUCUUCCAUGGUAGCUGGCAUUUACUGGGCAUCUGCAAUUUGCCACGCACCAUGAACACUUUACAUAUAUCAACUCAUUUAGUGCCCCACCCUUAAAUCCUAAAAGGCACAAUUUCAGUUCUUGUUUUGCAAAGGAGGUAGCUAAGGCUAAGAUUUAUGACCUGGUUGUUUAUUAGAGGGUCCAGAUUCUCACCCACUUUACACCCCUGGCGUACCUUCCUCCCCCAAAACAUCUCUGCAGGACCAACAGGCUGUUGACAAAAAGUAGCUCCUCCUGAGGCCCUUAAUUGGCUGUAAAUUAUAGUGCAUGGAGUAGGGUGACUAAUGACCUCUUAGGUGCAAGUGGUGGAAGUCAGGGUGCAGAAAUGGAAGUUGACAGACACCAACAGCCAGAGUGGCAAGAGGGUCUCAAACCUGUUUGACAGUUUGUUUGUUCAUUGUGGCAGGUAUGGUGCUGGACACUUAAAUAUGUACCAUCUCUCCUUAGCCUCACAGCCAUCCCAGAAGUAGGUGAGACCCUCAUCUGUUUUAGAGGGAAGGCCAUGUGUUCACUUACACCUCUGGCCUGUGACUCCCUGCAAGGUUAAGUGUACUACACACCAGGCACUAAGCAAGGGGGUCUGAUGCACAUUUACCCUUGAAUCAGGGUAAGGAUUGUUAGCUCCAUUUUACAGAUGAGGCUACUGAUGCUUGGCAGGGUGGUAUUUCCCCCAGCUCCCAUUUGUUACCCAAACUUGGGCUCCCCUGGCUUCACACUAUGUAGGGGCCACUAGGUGUAUUUGAUAAGCACAGUCAAGCUCUCUAGGUGGUGACAUCUCACACAUCAAUCUUUUGAAGAACUGUCAGUAUUCCCAUUUUUCAAAUUAAGAAACAUCUUCAGAGACAUCAAUUGCUUAAGAUCACAUAGCUAGAUACUUUCACUGCAACAUGUCUAGUUGUACAUUUCUGUUUAGCUUGUUUAUGACUCACUGGGCUUAUUAGUGUCACUUAUCAGUCUGGAACCACAACCAUCAUGUUUUUAAAUAUCUCUGUACUGUUCUCCUGAUUCUAGAAUGACAAUUACAUGUUAAAACUUUACUACUCUCUUCCAUAAUCUUUCCUUCAUAUUCCGUGUCUGUGCUAACUUUUGGAUCUAACUCUAGUUCAGUUGGUCUUUCUUUGGUUGUAUCUAAUUUGCUGUUUAGCCUAGCCAUUGAAUUUUUACUUCUGCUUACCAUGUCUGUAGGUUUCCCUUUAAUAUAUCCCAGGCCAUUAUUGAGUUCUGGGUCCCCUGCAGAUAUUCCCAAGCUUUUGUUGUACAGGUUUCCCUUGCAUCUUAAAGCUGAGAGUUCCUAUGAUGCUUUCCAUUAAGCCAAGAUGGCAUAGAGCCAAGAGUAUUUCCCAGCUUUCCAAAGUUCAAAUUAGGGCACUUCACUUUUACAAAAGCCCUACAUUAGUAGGGAAACAGCUUCUGUGAACACUGAAACUCUUCAGAUUUCUUUUGGUUAGUGAAAACAGUUACAAUGUAGAAGGGAGGUGGCUGUAAUGAAUACUUUCAGAAAAUAGGGGAUACCUGCAUUCUAAUCUGACUGAGUUUUACCACCUGAAGCCUUAGUGGGUCUGUUUUUGCUAGUCUCUGCUGUUCUUGCUCAUGCUCCUUUACUCCAAGCAUUUGGUUAUUUGACUGUGUACUACUCGUUGUCCGAAAAAUUUCUAGGGAUUAUACUCAACAGUUCCUUCCAACAGAGGAUUUAUGGUUGUUACUGCCAGACAUCUCAGCUAGAAGCACCCUGGAACACAUGUGAUGCGAACCUGGGCUACAAACCUGAGCCAAGGGCCAGCCGGUGACCGGAAAUUCUCAGGGUACACUUUUUUCUUUCCCCUGCUCUGUGCUCUCCACACUGUUUAGAACAUCUCUGCAGUCUUCUGGAUCACCCUUACCUGAGUUUGUGCUUCGGUGGGAUCUCAGCCCCUAUUAGAUUCCCUACCUUGGGCAGGCUGAGGUCUUGAGUUCUGUCUGCUUGUCCCAGUAAGUCUACAAAUAGGAAACCCAGGUUUGUCCACAUCAGCAGAUGCCCUCACAGCAAAAGUGGCUUCAGGGUCCCACAUAUCUUCCCCUUACAUUUUUGGCUUCAUGUGUCCUUAACUGUAUUUUACUGGCUAUUUGAUGCUUUUAAGAUUUUUUUACUUCCUGUUUUCAGAUGGAGAGUCCAAAUCAUCUGGUCUUCCCUUCACAAGAAACUGAAGUCCCUUUAAACCAAGUCAAGAUUCAAACCCAGGUCUCUUUGAUUCUAAAAUCUAAAUAUUACAUAACUACUACAGUAUAUCCUGGUCUCUGGAAAUUUUGAUUCCCUGAUAAGAAUGUCAGAAACUGUUAGUUGCCUGUAAAUAUCCAUUUUCCCCUCAUCUUUUUAUACCUGAGUUUUGAAAAUGUCUUAAUUGCUUUUAUUUAGUAAUUGAGUGGAUAUUUUAAGCUUUAAUUAUAGUGAUCUUUAGUAAAAGAGCUUUUUGCCGGGGCAUAAUGGAUCCAGGUAGAAGACUGCAUUUCCCAGUCUCCCUUGCAGCCCUUCCAUAUGGCUAAAGUUCUGACCUGUAAGAUGUAUACAGAAAUACAGUGUAGUACUUCUGAAAAGAAAGGGGCCUUCCUUCCUGAAAAUGGUGAUGGCUGGAGUUCUAGCAGCCAUAUUGGACCAUGAGGCAAGGGCCACAACCAAAAAAUGACGGACUAGUGCUUAGAAAAGGAGCCUGGGUUCCUGAUGAUUUCAGGGCCACCAUUCCUGCCCAACCCUGGAUUUCUAAAGAAAUAAAAACUAUCUUGUUUAAGUUA